AUGGCUAAAGUUCCGGAUACAGGCACCCGUUCUCGCUUCACUGAUGUUUACAGUGAACCUGUCGAUCACCUUUUAUCGCCGAUAAAAGGGUAUCAAAAUAAACCACUUGUUUCACUAAUGGAAGCAAUUGAACCCGUAUCGAGUUUUUUCGAUGAAAUCGAGGAUAAUGUCAAGGUAGCAUUACAUAAUUGUCGAAAUCCGGCUGAUGGACUCACACAACAAGAGUCAGCCUCAAUACAUUUGUAUACCAUGCAAUUUGAUGAUGGUCCAAAUUUAUAUGAAGUUCUGAAUGAAUCGUUACGUGCCGAAAAUCGUCAAGAUCUAAAGCCGUGGUUUAUGUAUCUUAAAUUAUUUUUUACGGCACUCUACAAACUACCCUCGGAAAAUCGAAGAAUAUGGCGCGGCAUUCGAAAGGUGGAUUUAAGUGGAAAAUACAAAACGGGCACUGAAUUUGCCUGGUGGGGCGUGAGCUCUUGUACAGCUGACAUGCAAGUACUAGAAUCAAGUCAAUUCUUAGGAAAAGAAGGUCCACGAACAUUAUUUUCGAUUGAAUGCAUCAAUGGUAAAUCAGUUGCAGCACAUUCGUAUUUCAAAAAUGGGGAAAAAGAAAUUAUACUCAUGCCCGGCUCGUACUUCCAAGUGAUCGGCCAAUUAAGUCCAGGCGGUGGACUACAUAUUAUUGAAUUGAAAGAACUUAUACCACCGAUGACACUCGUCAAACCACCAUUUAGCAAAUCGGAUGAACAAGUGAUUACAUCAGUUGUACCAAAACCAAGUGCAUCAGCUUCAUCAACUGCAUUCCAAUCAACAUUAUCAGCCAGCUCGUCUUCAAAAAAUGUAUCGAAACGUAAGAUCGGUUUUAUAUUUUGUUUUGCUUUUUCAUUUUCAUGA